GAUGUUCUAGCUGAAGUUGAGCUGGAACAAACAUAUUGGUGCUUAUGGAGACAGUACAUGUGCCUGUUUCUUUCAUCUUUUUUUCUGUUUCCUUUUUGUCUGGCCAUUCUAACUAUGGUGUCAUAUGUUUCCUUUACACCAGCAACAUCAAAAUACAGCCAUUUAGAUGAUAUGCAUGCUUUCCUAGCAAGCUAUGGCUUCAAAGGAGAGGCUCCGAGUUCUCUUUCUUACGUUUCUUUGUUGGAAAUUGUUACUAAUACUCACGGGAAGCCAAAUAGAUAUCCUAAGGUUUUGAAGAAUGGCAAGUGUUUGUACCUCGGAGUUGAUGAUUGUAGAAAAAAUGUUGGUACAACAGUCAUUGUUCGUGAUGUAUUUUACAACCAGCCAGUUAGAAGGAAGCAAAUGCACUCCAACCCGAAGAAGGUCUUGCAUUCUCUGAAAGAGUUUCUUCUCUUGUACAUCCUCUCCUUCAAAUUAUUGAGAUUGAAAGUGAGAAUGGCCUGUGUUGCACACGUGCUUCUCUUUCUCCAUGUCUACUAUUGUCCAGUAUCUGUUGCUAUAGGCAUUGGGACCUGCUAUGUCAAGGUGGAUGACAAAGGAUCUGGAGUCACGAGAUGGACUGGUGCUGAUGGGAGAAAGAUGUGGCCAAGUGUGAAAAUGAAUCUUCUUAACAUCUGAAAUAGCAAAUUACAAGGUCAAGGGGAGUGCACAAGUACACGCGAUGGGGAGUCAAAAGAAGAUGAUAUGCAUGCUUUCCCAGCAAGCUUUGGCCUUAAAGGAGAGACUCUGAGCUCUAUUUCUGAUGUUUCUUUGUUGGAAUUGUUACCAAAACUCACGGGAGGCCAAAUGGAUAUCGUAAGAUUUGAAGAGAGGAAGCUUUGGUGUCAUUCGAAUUGAUGAAGGACAAGUGGAGGAACAUGAGUGUGAUGACAAACGGCUGUGGUUCUAGAGAGAAAGCAAGGUUGGCUCUCAAAAGAAUGAAUCAAGCCCGUAAACAGGAUGAGAGGUCUUUAUCUAUCUCCACUAAGGCUUAAAGUGAUGAGGAAAUGGCUGAAGCAAGGCUAGCUACUACUUCUAGUGAUUCUCCACAGAUUCGUGGGUCAAAAAGAUCUAUCAUAAGUUUUUGGUCUUACUUUUUGCUGGAAGGACGACUAUCUCUAAGUGUUGCUGCUUUACUACUAUUAUAGAUUGGAAAAUCUUAUAAUGGAGGCUAUAAGCAACUUGAAGGAGCCGGGUGGUUCCAACAAGACUACUAUAGCAACGUACAUAGAGUUCUCUAGAGAGGCUGAUGUUGCACAAGCCUUUGCAGAAGCUGCAAUGAAAGCACUAUAAGGGAGAAGCACCCCCAACGAUGGAGUCGAACCCGGGUCUAUUGCUUAAAAGGCAAUUAUCCUAACCAUAGGACUACAAACACUUGCCUAUUGUAGAUUCUCAAGGCAUAAAUAUUAUCUAUACUAUCUAAAGACUACUCUUCCAACCUAUUCAUUAUGAAUCUUCAUGUAUUUGGGUCAA